UGGGUAUGUUUAGCCUGGAGAAGAGAAGGUUAAGGGGUGAUAUGAUAGCCAUGUUCAAAUAUGUAAAAGGAUGUCAUAUAGAGGAGGGAGAAAGGUUGUUUUCUGCUGCUCCAGAGAAGCGGACACGGAGCAAUGGAUUCAAACUACAAGAAAGAAGAUUCCACCUAAACAUUAGGAAGAACUUCCUGACAGUAAGAGCUGUUCGGCAGUGGAAUUUGCUACCAAGGAGUGUGGUGGAGUCUCCUUCUUUGGAGGUCUUUAAGCAGAGGCUUGACAGGCAUAUGUCAAGAAUGCUUUGAUGGUGUUUCCUGCUUGGCAGGGGGUUGGAUUGGAUGGCCCUUGUGGUCUCUUCCAACUCUACGAUUCUAUGAAAUCAAGAUAAAUCAAAAGUCAAAGCAAGCUCAUUUCGCUCAAGUCUGAUCGCCAAUGCAUUAUAGAAACUUAUUUGCGCAGGUCUGUGUCUCAAGGUAUGUAUAAAUUGGUCAUCUCUGUAGUUUCAUGGUGUAUCUUUGCAUAUUCCUCACAUUGUGAAAAGAAUAUCCUUUAUCUCCUUUUUUUGGCUGAACGGACCAAGGAUGGUCGCAGGCAGCAACAAAUAAACUUUGACUCAAGAUUGUUGUUGUAGCUAGCAGGAGCGAAACCCUGAAAUUAGGUUAGAGGAUAUUAAGUCGCCAGCGGGCUGCACCAUCUUCUCUUGGCAACUUCUGGUGGGGAUAAUGCACAGCAACUCGCCUUUGAAGGGGAAAGAAACGUCGACAGGAAAUAAACGUUGCUGCCGUUGUGCAUUUGGCAGAGCUGGGAAAUUAAGAAAGGAGGAAACUAUUGCUUUGCAGACCAAAAGCUGCAAUAGCUGAUAGGUUUGUCUAGUUGCCACUUUAGCUGCUUGGGCUUCAGAGCAUGUGCAGACUUCCUGCCCUCUCAGUCUCCUUUCUCCUCCCCCUCCACCCCCGUUCUUCUCGGCAGCUUGCUCCGGGGGGCUGAUGAGAUAGGCUUGCGGAAGCCGGUGAAAGCGGAGUUUGGAGGUGGGAUGCGGAGCUUCUCCUGCGAGGAGGAUUACAUCUACGAGAACAUCGAAAACGAACUUUAUUUUUUCACUUCUCAGGAACGUCAGAACGUCAUCAGGUAUUGGCUGGAGAACCUGCGGGCCAAACAGGGCGAGGCUCUGCACAACAUCCACUUCCUGGAAGGCCAGCCAAUCGUUCCCGAGUUGGCUGCCCGGGGCAUUCUCCAGCAAGUCUUCCCCAUCCACGAGCAACGGAUCCUCAACCGGCUGAUGAAAUCGUGGGUACAAGCCAUUUGCGAACCGCAACCUUUGGAUGAUAUCUGUGACUACUUUGGCGUGAAAAUCGCCAUGUAUUUCGCGUGGCUGGGCUUCUACACGUCGGCCAUGGUCUACCCUGCUGUCUUCGGCUCCCUUCUCUACACCUUCACGGAGAACGAUCAGACCAGCCGGGAUGUCUGCUGUGUGAUCUUCGCCAUCUUCAACGUCAUCUGGGCCACCCUGUUCCUGGAGGAGUGGAAGCGGCGGGGGGCCGAGUUCGCCUACAAGUGGGGCACCCUGGACACGCCGGCAGAGUCCAUCGAGGAGCCACGGCCGCAGUUCCGGGGGGUGAAGCGCGUGAGCCCCGUCACCAACUCGGAGGAGUUCUACUACCCGCCUUGGAAGCGGCUGCUCUUCCAGUGCCUGGUGAGCCUCCCGGUCUGCCUCUCCUGCCUCUCCUUCGUCUUCCUCGCCAUGCUGGGCUGCUUCGAGUUACAGGAAUUUGUGCUGAGCAUUAAGGAGCUGCCGCGCAUCGUGCGUUUCCUGCCAAAAAUCGUGCUGGCCGUCAUUGUCACCGCCUGCGACGAAAUCUACAAGAAGAUUGCCUAUUGGCUGAACGACAUGGAAAAUUACCGCUUGCAGAGUGCCUACGAAAAACACCUCAUCAUCAAAAUGGUCUUGUUUCAGUUUGUAAAUUCAUACCUAAGUCUUUUCUACAUUGGAUUCUACCUCAAAGACAUGGAUCGCCUCAAGGAGCUCCUGCUCAUCUUUUCCCUCUUCCAAAGCCUCGUGCGUCAGCUCAAAGACGCCCUCCUCCCCACCGUCAUUCUCCAAUUCCACCUCCGGCUCAUCUCCUUUAAGGGCCUGCUGAGCUUCUGUUGGCAGCUGGCUGUCUCCAAAAUGCUGGCCACUCUCCUCAUCACCCGCCAGUUCCUGCAGAACGUCAAGGAGGUUUCCCAGCCACACCUGUACAGCAAGUUCAAGCGCGGGGAUCUGAGCGCGCAGAACUUCCGGGAGGCGGCACGGACUCUGCUCCGCCUGCUGGUCCAGAAGUGCGCCCCGGCCAGGCCACGCGGAGCCUACCACCGGGGCCCCCGGCACGGCGGGGACCCCGCAGCCGGCCACGGCCCGGAGGCGGCUGAGGGUCCCGAGGGGGCUCCCCGCGGGGAGAAGAAAUGCCUCAACGGCGGGUGCGGUGUCCCCGAGGAAGAGGACGAGGAGAGGAAGGACUCCGACUCGGAGGACGAGAGCAUCAUCGACUGCGGGCUGAAGCUGAAGAAGGUGAGCUUCAUUGAGAAGGCCGACCGGAAGGCUGGCGAGCCGGGUAUGGAGGAAGGGGCCAGCUUCCUGGAGGAAGGCAGCCCCACCAUGGUGGAGAAAGGCAUGGACCCGGCCUCCGUCUUCGAGCUGUGUGAGGACGACGACGAGAGCGACGGGGCCUCCGGGAGCCCCCUCCGGGGACCGCCGGAAGCCAAGGAGCCGGCCGUGACCAUGAGGGCCCGGAGGCCUCGGGGGGCCAGGAACCCCCCGGAAGAGGGCGAGGAAGGUGAGGAGGGAGAGGAAGGGCGGAAGCCCAGCAGGAGCUCCUGGAUCGACCCGCCGGAGGAGGUCUUCGCCGCCCAGCUGGCCCAGGCUGAGGUGGAGAGUUGCAUGAAGAAAUACGAGGACACUUUCCAAGACUACCAGGAGAUGUUCAUCCAGUUUGGCUAUGUUGUCCUCUUCUCGUCUGCCUUCCCUCUGGCCGCCACGUGCGCCCUGAUCAAUAACAUCAUCGAGAUCCGGAGCGACGCCUUCAAGCUCUGCACUGGCCUCCAACGCCCCUUUGGCCAGCGGGUGGAAAGCAUCGGGGAGUGGCAGAAGGUGAUGGAAGCCAUGGGUGUCCUAGCCAUUGUGGUGAACUGCUACUUGAUUGGUCAGUGUGGGCAAUUGCAACGCCUCUUUCCCUGGCUCAGCCCAGAGGGGGCCAUCAUAUCGGUGGUGGUGCUGGAGCAUUUUGUCCUCCUGCUCAAGUACGUCAUCCAAGUGGCCAUCCCGGACAUCCCUGGCUGGGUGGCAGAGGAAAUGGCAAAACUCGAGUACCAGCGGCGAGAGGCUUUUAAGAAACAUGAGCGGCAGGCCCAGCACCACUUCCAGCAGCAGCAGCGCCGCAAGCGAGAGGAGGAGGAACGCCAGCGCCACGCCGAAUACCACGCCCGCAAGGAACGGGAGAGUGGGCGGGAGGAGGGCAAGUCAGACGGAGGGGGCCCCGAGGCCAGCCACGAGAAGAGCCAGCCCAAAGGAAAGGGCCAGGGGGGCUCGGGCCACGGCUCCGAGAAGCCCAAAAGGCCCAGCUCCCUCCUGGCCACCAACAACGUCAUGAAACUGAAGCAAAUCAUCCCUUUGCAGGGGAAGUUCCUGUCCGGGGGCGCGGGGGGCGGCAGCGGCACAUCGGGGGCCCGCUCCCCGCAGUCCCCCACCAGCACCGACAACAAACUGCCUGGCUUCCUCAGCUUCAAGUUCCUCAAAUCCCCAGAGACCAAACGGGAGGCCGGCACCGAGAAGGUCCAGUCGCCCACCAAGCCUUUCAACCCGAGCAAACUGUUCAACUUCAGCAAGUCGGAAGGGGGCAACGGGGCAGCCCCUCUUUCGCAGCAGCCGCGGCCUGGGACCUCGUCGGACGAGAAACCGGCAGCUCAGAGAUCGCACCUCAAUGGGCUGGUGGACGAUGAGGCAGACGAGGAACUGGAAAUCCGAACGGUGGUGGAGGAAGAGGGUCCGGGCCACAAACUCUAACCGUCCCCCCCACCUCCGGGCGAGGGCUGGGGAGAGAGAGAGGGAGAGGGCAGAGCGAGAGAGAAAGGACGAAUUGGGUCGCUGGUGGUUCUUCAAGCAGAUUUGGGGCAGGCGAGGUCUUCAAACGUGCCCACCAUUUGGCCAUGGUGGUGGCACUUGGGGGAGUGGGGGAGAUUCAAUUUGGCAGCUUGCUGAGGCCGCGGCCUGAAAAGGAGAGGGGAUAAGUUGCCCCUCCCCAAAAUAUCUCUGAUGUUCCUGAUGAGACAAGUUCGGCACCCGGUUUGGGCCGCAGCUGGCGGCCGACACUUUUGAGGCACGGUCUACGUCAGGAACACCAGAGGCAGAAGAACCUCAAAAAAUUGAUGGGGUGUCCGCAGAUUUUUUGGGGUGCGGCACAUCAGUUCCCUUCUGCCCUUAUCAGAGCUGUUCCUGCAGUCUCUCUGAAAGGCUUCCUGGUGCAUUUUGGAGGAGAUGACCCCAUUCCACCACGCCCCUCUGUGGGCAAAAAGCUGUGGGGUCUCAACCAACCCCCUCUUUUAGUGUAGGGUGGGGACCCCACAAAUGGUGAGUUUCGGGGGAAUUCUAUGGGGAGAACAAGGUCUGCCUUGACUCUCAAGAGUCCUGUCGGAUUGUGCCAGGGCAGGAAUCCCCUCCUUCCAGGUAACCCACCCCCCUUUGUGUUUUGAGGGGCUGUGGAGCCCUCACUUCUUAGUCUUGCAGCUUCUCUACUUCCUACCUGAAGCAGAUUUAGACAGGAUGGAAAACCUUAGCUCAAAUUUGCUCCUCAAAUCCCUCUGCUCAACAUGAGGUAUGAUGGCAACGCUAUCUCUCGGGUCUGUGUUUCCUUCCCCCACCUCCCUCCUAACAGCAAAAAGUAUAUUAUAUUUGGCAAAGUAAAUCACUGCCUUAAAACGGAGGUGUUGCUCUAAGUACCUCCCCUCAAAGGUUGCGUGUGAAAAUCUGGAAGGAGGCCGCCUUCGGAGCAAAAUCGUAGCGUCAGCUUUGCCUCACGUUGCAUUAGCCAAAUUUUAUUCCGAUGAUUUCCGAACAGGAUGUGUGCAAAACCAGCCAUGUCACUAGUCCUCAUCAUAAACGCUUGUGGGAUCUUGAAUUAGAGACGAAUAAUCUCCUAUUUAGGGACGCGGGUGGCGCUGUGGUCUGAACCACUGAUCCUAGGGUUUGCUGAUCAGAAGGUCGGGAGUUCGAAUCCUCCCCACGACGGGGUGAGCUCCCGUUGCUCGGUCCCUGCUCCUGCCCACCUAGCAGUUCAAAAGCACAUCAAAGUGCAAGUAGAUAAAUAGGUGCUGCUCCAGCGGGAAGGUAAACGGCAUUUCCAUGCACUGCUCUGGUUCGCCAGAAGCGGCUUAGUCCUGCUGGCCACAUGACCAUUUACUGGCUCCCUCGGCCAAGAACGUGAGAUGAACAUCGCAACCCCAGAGUCAUCCGCAACUGGAACUAACGUUCAGGGGUCCCUUUACCUUUACCUAAUCUCCUAUUUGCCUCUCACCUCUCCCCGCCGGUAAAAUCUGCCCAGGAAAACAGAACAAGCCCCCGCCCCUCCCUUUCUGCUUGAAGAACAGAGGUGAAAUUUGAAGUACCAGGAAGCGGUUGGGAGCAGAUGAGACACUGUUUUGAGCCAACAUCCAUGCAUGGUCAACAUAUCUUGCACUAAACAAAAUGAAAACAAGGGUUUUUUGGGUUUUUUGCUUUUGCUUUUUGCUUUUCCUGACGGUGCUUGUAAAAAAGCAGACUGGUGGGGGGGGGCAAGAAGGGAUGGUUCUGGAAAAUCCAUGAUUUUUUUAAAUAAAAAAGUAAUUUUCAGUGGCAGGGAAAACAAAGGCUGAGGAGCCAUCGCCUCGCCUUCGCAACAUGUGAAAGAGACUGGGGCGUUCUUUUUUGUUUUUUUAAAGACAAAAUUCUUGCAAUAAGGACUUCAGUCUGCAGUAUCUGUGCCAAGGAUGGAAUUUACCCCACUGCCGCCGCCCCUUUUCUUAAUUUGCUGUUUGAAUAGGAUAGAGGCAGGGAGAGUUUAGGCCAGAUUUGGGGGAGGGGGGGAGGGAAAUUCACAAUUAAUUACAGGUAUUCUGCCGUUUUUAAUUUGGGGCAAGCUGGGAAAUCGGUCACCGUAGCUUAGAGAGGUAGUCACCGGUAGAACUUUUAGCCUUUUGGGGCAACGAGCCCCCCCUUCUUUUCCCACAGUCGCGAAACUCUUUCGCAGGGGUCCUACGGAGGAAAAGCCCCAAACCCUUUUGGCCCCACAGCAGCUGCUUAGAGAGUACACGGUUCUCUCCUGCGAGGCCCUGCUCCGGUUGUUUUGAAAUCGCAUCUUUACCGCCACACGCACCGAUUCCCAGCUUGCGAAAUGCUGCGGUUAGGGGCCACCUUUCCCUCCCGCCCGUUGUGGCCCCCAGAUGGAUUACGCCGCAAGCCAAGAGACAGAAUCUCAGGUCAGAUCCCGAGGAAACGGCAACUUUUGUCUUCUUCUUUUCCCCGUUCGCCACCUGACUUACGGGGAGGGUCGCUUUGCAGAAAGAAAAAAUUAAGGGAAAGAAAUCGCCCCGCUCUCCAAAUCUCUAGCUGCAUUUCCCACGACUUUAUUGGAUUUGACACACACCAUUGGCCACUAGUGCAAUUCCCACCCCCCGCUAAAAAGCCAUUGAAACCAGCCAUGUGCUGCGAGGAACUUAAGGACACGGCGGCCGCUUCCGUCGCCAACCCUUUGGGGUGGCCAGGCACGGAAGAGCAGUAGCCACGUCUACAACUGCGAGCAAAAAGAUCAGUCGUGGCCGACAUUUCCUCCCGGCGAAAGAAUGGACUGCAUUUGCUUAUAUCGUUCUUCCACGGCGGAUGCGCUUAUGUUAUUAUUAUCUUUUGCAACGGGCUUUUUUCCUCUUUUCGGUAACAGCAAUAAUGCGAUGUUGGCAGGUGGGGAUGGGUGACGAAGAACCUUGCCGAUUCUGCGUCAGCGCGAGAAAAGGCUGGGAGGUUGACCCGGUCCUUGGGGGGGGGACGCACGGGGUUCUUGACACCCCCUGCCAAGGCAGUGGGACGAGGGUCCAGCUACGAGUCGAGGAAGGGUCCAUUCGCCAGGUGGAUUGCAGGCACCUUAACCCCAUCCUUGCGCCCCCCCCCCCCGAGAGCAGGACACAAUUUAGCCAAAGUGGACGAGCUCUUAACCCACUGUAGAAAAAGAGGUUAUUGCAACAGGUUAUAGACGCUGCCUUCUCAUUGCCUUUAUCGUGGAAGGUGCUUCGACGGUGGCCCACUAAUUCAUCGACCUUCAUGAUGUCAGCCUACCAAAGCUUCAAACCCGGCCCGGGGGGGGGGGGGAUUUGGUGAAAUGCCUCUCGGAUGCAACAGGGAUCCUUGACGGUAACAGGGAGGUGGUAAUGAGAAUGCAGAGUUCGUAGACCCUCCUACCAACCCAACAGCCCCCCGACCCAUGGCUAAGCCCGAACACCGAUUCCUGCGAGCAAUUUAUACAAGCACCUGUUUAAAUGUCUUACUCUUCCAAGCAAUGAACUGUCCGGAAGAAGUUUGUGGUUGUCGUCGGAGGGGGACAGGAAAAAGGGGAGUCCUACUAAUAUUAUUUAUUAACUUGCUGCGUUUUAAUUUAUUUUUGGUGUCUCGGACAAAGGAAGGAAACAAAACAAAAAAAGCGCGUGGGGGCGGGUUUUCAAUUUCUUUUAAGUUAUUUUUUUUGUCAUAUUUUUGUAAUAUCAGCAGAAAUGCAAUAAAAAAGAUAUAUUUCAACAAGAGGGGAGCAAGACCCCGGGGAGGAAUUAUUGCACGCACCUCGCAAACGAUCCCUUCCCCGUAGCUAGAAGAUACACAGGCUCCCUUCUCCCAAACUCUUGGAUUUGAAAGCAGUUUUAAGA